CCUUGAAGCAGCUCUGUUGCCUGCUGUCAAGCUGCCUUUUGGUUUCAAGUGCCAGAAUUGAUUGCAUAGGACAUCUUUUGCUGAGAAACUAAUAAAAUGGAACAUGAUGGGUCUGCUCCAAAUGCUGAUAAAAUCCACCAGAACCGCUUGUCAAGUGUUACCGAAGAUGAAGACCAAGAUGCUGCUCUUACCAUAGUGACUGUGCUGGACAAAGUAGCCACCAUCGUGGACAGUGUACAAGCAAGCCAGAAGAGAAUAGAAGAGAGACAUAGGGAGAUGGAAAACGCCAUAAAAUCUGUCCAGAUUGAUCUGUUGAAGCUUUCACAAUCACAUAGCAAUACAGGUUAUGCCAUUAAUAAGCUGUUUGAGAAAACCAGAAAAGUCAGUGCUCACAUUAAAGAUGUGAAGGCUCGGGUGGAAAAGCAACAAGUUCACGUGACAAAAGUUGAAACCAAGCAAGAGGAAAUAAUGAAGAAAAACAAAUUCCGUGUGGUCAUAUUCCAGGAGGAAAUUCGGUGUCCGACAUCCCUGUCUAUUGUUAAAGACAGAAACCUAACUGAGAACCAAGAGGAGGAGGAAGUCUUUGAUCCCCCAGUAGAUCUUUCAUCGGAUGAAGAAUAUUAUGUUGAAGAAAGCAGAUCUACCAGGCUUAGGAAGUCAGGCAAGGAACGCAUUGAUCAUAUCAAAAAGGCGUUUUCCAAGGAAAACAUGCAGAAGACACGACAGAAUUUUGACAAGAAAGUGAACAGAAUUAGAACUAGAAUAGUGACACCUGAGAGGAGAGAAAGGUUAAGGCAGUCAGGAGAGAGGCUGAGGCAGUCAGGAGAGAGGCUGAAACAGUCAGGGGAAAGAUUUAAGAAAUCUAUCUCUAAUGCUGCCCCCUCAAAGGAAGCUUUUAAGAUGCGAAGCCUUAGAACUAAGGACCCGAAGGCCGAAGGUCAGGAAGUGGGCAGGGAUGUUGGCGUGGACAUCAUUGCAGGGAGUCCAUCUCUGGGCCCCAUCCAUGAGCUCCACCCUGAUGAGCUUAGCGAAACAGAAGAGGAGGUGUCCGGGGCAGGCUAUGCUCCCCAAGAGGAAGGGGGCAUCGCAGUCUCUGAGCCUUUAAAGGUUACUUUUAAACCUCAAGUGAGGGUAGAAGAUGAUGAGUCUCUCUUGCUAGAUUUAAAGCAGUCUUCAUAAAGAGGAAUUAAGUAUAAAUCUCCUUGAUCAUGCAGUUUAAAUUGGAAUAGUUGUCAUUUACAUGUAUAUGUCACGUAGGAAAGCAAAUGGUAGUCUGUUUAAUUUCUUAUGUUUAAAAUCUUUAACUUCUUUGGGAACUCUUUUCAUUUCCUCUGAGUAGAUAUGAUUGUAGCAGCCUUUUCUGACACUCUUUAAUUUCCUUUUCCCUCUAGGCCACUGAGAAAGUAGUUGCCUAACUGAGGCAAGUUAGGGUCAUCCAGAACAUAUGAAGGGCAAAUUUUUCCCUGCCAUUUACAUGCAAAUUCUAAAUUUUUGGUCUUAGAUUAAUGUGGCCAAACUCAAAGGAUAAUUAAUACCUAUUGUGUGGACUAUUUCAUCCAGAUGUUCAAAAUCAGUAGAUUCAUUGGUAAAUCAGUAGCUACACCCCUUUUGAAGAUUUUGCACAAAAAAUUGAAUUUCUGGACUUAAACAUUUAGCUAGCUUCAAGUCACCUGUGUGUUCUCAUUUAUAGAACUGGGAGGGCUUUCCUAUAUCCUCUCUUCUCAGAAGACUGUUGUGAAGAUCAGAGGAAAUGGCACACACUCCGGGGGAACCAGGACCCCAUCCAGAGAAAUACAAACAAUACUGGUCCCUCAAAAACAAUUGAAAUAAUUAUACCUUGUGGAGAAGCCAUGAGCCCCAGGCUGAGAGGGCGUAGGUUGGACAGAAACUAAAUCUGGUCUUCACAAGUCUUUUCACAGACUCGGGAAUGGAAAAUCAUUGCUUGGGAGAUUUUUGUUUUUCUUUAUCAAAACUUAAAACAAAACCUUGGGUUUAGUUGGGUCUUAAAAUGUGCCUUAGAAAAUCCUUUUCUGAAAUUUUCUUUUGAUUUAGAUAUAGGGUGGACUAUGGCAAGUUUUGUUUGGGCAGCAUGGUACGCAAGACCGUGGCUCUGCUGUCAAGUGGCCUUUCCAAUGUCUGCCCUGGUGCAGUGGGUUUGAAAAGGACCUCCAACAUUUCUGUUUUCCAGAGUGAACCCUUCAGGCUCAGCUGUCCAAAGCAGUAUUUGUAAAUAUUCUACCUUAGCUGCUUUGGAGGAGGCCAGACUCCCCUUAGCACUAAGCUUUCCAUCUGUGUAAUCAGGUAUUCAAUGUUGCUGUUAAAGAAAGAGCGAUAGUCACACUGGUUCUGCACUUUCAGCACCUUUAAGUCAUCUGCCUUUUUUUUUUUAUAUGGAAAAAAUGAUGGAAUUGUUCAAUUUGUAGAGUUUAACAACUUUUCGAUCGUAUUUUUUUCUCACUUUCAGAUCAGUGUUGGAUCAUAUAGUAGUUAAAAAUAACAUGCCAGAUGUGGUGGUACAUACUGUAAUCUCAGCACUCAGGAGGCAGAGGUAAGAAGAUCAUGAGUUAUGAGCUAGCACAACCUUGUCUCAAAAAAGGAAAAGCAAAGUACACAUCAUACACCCAGACAAAUCAGCUUUAAAACAUUUAACUCAAUGGCCCAGAUAUUUGUUUGGGGAGUUUAACUUGGCAUCGUUUCUCUUCACACUGCUUCAAUGCAUAAAUUGUUCAUGUCAUUAUGUUUUUACUUGAAAAGUAAAGUGUAUGCAACAUUGAAUAAAACUUUAAAAGAAUAAUUCUAAAAACAUGUUUAUUACAGCUUAGAAGGAGCUUGGAUGCCAAAUCGAAGAGUAACCCUUCUUAUAAAUAGAUACGUUUCUAGGUUAGGAAGAAUGUAAAGUUACAGGUUUUUUCUUUCCAGCACCAUGCAGAAUAAAUAUCAGUUGGGGUAAGAUAUAUGUCUGCAAACUUUAUCAUCAAGGAAUUUUUCUUACUGACCCCUUAUUAACCAAAUUUGACAGGUUAUGGAAGUAUAUUUGAGUUUUCAUGAGGGACGAGUUACAGCCUGGUCAGCUCUUCAUAAUGGUAGAUUUUGUGCAACUCCAGAUGUGCUAAAACAAUCAAGUCCCUUGGAGGUUCGUGUAAUCUUGUACUGCUUCCUUGCUGCUAGAAUUUUCCUUCCGUGUCACAUUUGUCAGUGGUUCUUUCCAUAUUUAGGGACAUUUCUUAAAUUUCACACUCAUCAUUUCUUCUACGUUCACCAUUUCCAUGGUACAAAAAUAAUGGUCUGCAAAGUCACAUAUCUCACUUAAUGUAUGGAAUAUUCUACAAUGUUCAUUAUUUUAAAAGUUUCAGAAAACAUAGAAGUCAGUACCCAACAGUGUUUUAGAAAUUAAACAUACGAGACUUUAAUCUGUUUAUUCAAAUAAAACCCUGAGGAGGAUUUAUCCCCUAUCUUGCUCUGAGGCAGAGCAGUGCAGCAUCUGAAGCUCCCAGGGCAGGGAGUGAAGCACUUCCCCACAACAGAUGAAGAGGGAAGUGUAAGACGGUCCCUGCAAGUGAUGAUUCAGGCCCUUUCCUCUAUGGGUGGACAGUGGCUCAAUCCUGACUUAAAGGUUAGAGAAACAGGGCUAAUAUAAAAUGAUAAAGUGCAUGAAAGUUCAGCUUGCUGAGAGUAUACUUGUGGAUGUGUGAACUUCUACUAGCAAGUUCUCACAAAUUAAAAAUACAAGCCAAAAUAAAAAUACAAACCAUUUUGAUUUCAUUCUUUGCUUUCAAUGUCCGUUAAAGGUUUGGUUUAGAACAAGGCCUGACAUUCAUUGUGAUUCUUAACAACUAAAAAAGCAUGGAUCAUGUUAUAGAAAAUAUUCCUCAGAACCAUUGUUAACUGUAUAAUUCUGAUAUAUGAAAUCACUGGGCCUC